CGCGCGCCGCUCUUCGCCGCGCUCAGCCCGGCGGGCCACAGCCUUCUUGGGGCCCGUGCGCUUGUCAUUUUGUGGCGCCGGGAAGCAGGAAGUUGGACGCCAUCAGCGGUGCGCCCGGGAGUCCUAAAGGCGGACCCGGACCCUCCCCAGCGACCUGCGGAAGGUGACCUGAGGCGGAUUCCAAGCCGCUUUUUCUGCGGAGGCUGGAGGGCUGUAAGUCGUUCUGAGACUCUUCCUGAGCGUGGGGACAGGAGCGCCAGGUGUUCCUCAUUUGAUGUUGCCUUUCCCUGUAGACUGCUGCAUUUUCUUUUUCCCUUAAUCUACGUGCACAUCUGAAGUUUAUUUUUUUUUUCAAUUUUAUUUUACUUCUCAAAAUACGUUGUACUUGAUUUUCAUGCCCCUUUACCCGUUCCUCCCACAGAUCUGAAGUUUAUAACUCAAUCUGUGUUAAAUUCACUUUGAGUUUUUGAAGUUCGUCAUUGCGUCCCUCUUCUUUGCAUCUAAGUUUCCAUAACUAUAAGGUCCUUUUUUUUAAAAAAAAAUCUCGGUUUUGAUUCAUCAUUUGGUUGAGGUUAUGAUGAUCUCUCAGCACUGAGAACUUUUUAAGAUGGAUUAGCUCUACUCAAGAAUGCUUCAGUUCCACAAUAUUUAAAACAUCUAACUGGAGCACACUGAUGCUGCCUCUUCAAACAGCUCAGCUGUCGCCUCACCACCGUCGCUUGAGUCCCUGAUCAAAAUGGGUCCGAGAAGGGAAGUGCAGCCUCUUCCUCUGAAGACACAAAGCUCUGAAGAGCCCCUAGAAAUGGAUUGUUCAUCUGUAAAAUGGAGACAUAACCUUGAGAUUUAGCUCAAGGUCAGCAGUGGCCUGGGCCUUCUGAAGUCUGAUGUUCUGGAACUCCAGUGCCCAUUGGUGUGGACAGAGGCACAGGGCCCCAACCAUGGUCACACUCAUCACUGAGAAGCUGCAGAACCAGAGUCUGGAUGAUCUCGCCCGCAAGACCUGUGAGGCUGGUUUGUGUUCUGCUGAGAAACUGAACACAAAUGGCUGUCUGUUCCCUUUGGAGAUCAGUGACAAGAGCCCCUGGAAGGUCCUAAGUGGAGGACGGCCUCUCAGAAGCCAGGUGGCUGUGGGCCCCGAUUUCCCCUUCCCGCCAGGCCCUUCUACCGUGGUUCACACUACAGGUCUCCAGUGGCGGCCAGAGUCUCCUGUCCCAUGCACAAGCCUGGGUGUGGACAGUGCCUCGGACCUCAAUGAGAACACAGGGCCACCUGCGGCACCGCCCUCCAAGCGACACUGCCGGUCCCUGUCAGAGCCGGAGGAGCUGGCACGCUGCCGGUCCCCGUGGCGCCCUGGCGGCUUCAAGGUCUGGACUCCGGUCUCCAAGAGGCGGUGCAACAGUGGCGGGAGUGCCACACUGCAACGUUGCAGUGGCCAUGGGAGCACUGGCCUGCCGAGCAGUGCUGCGUCACUGCCUGGUCUCACUUUGCCCUUGGCACCCCGGCCGUCCUCAGCCAUCAGCGGCUUUGUGGACAGCAGUGAGGGCAGCACCAGCUCUGGCCGGCCUUGGCACCCCAAGGGGCCCUGCUUGCGCUCCUCGAGGCGCCGUCUGUCCCUGUCGCAGGAGCACCUUGCAGACGCCGGCACCCCCCUGCCCUCAGCCAGCAGUACCCCCUCGUCCACGCCUGAGCUGGGCCGGCGCCACGGCCUGCUCCGGUGCCGCUCACAGCCCUGCGUGCUCAACGGGAAGAGGAGCCGGCGCAAGCGGCGGCGCGAGGAGGACACCAGGUGGACGCGCCCAUGCUUGGACUUCCUGAAGAUGACGCGGACAUUAAAAAAUUCAAAAAGCCUUUGCUCCCUCGAUCAUGAAGAUGAUGAGGAUGACACCCAAGUGAAGACGGUUGUGUCCUCCCCAUGUGACUCACGGGAUCUCCUGGGCAUCGUCAUACCAGGCUCUAGCCCAUGGGCCUCGAGGGAGCGGGCAGCCAGCGACGGCAGGGGCGGGAGCAGCGGGGACCCCAGUGACUGGGACAGCACUGGGGAGGAGGGCGUCUUCCCUCUGGAUCACAGCGAGCUGGACCUCGAGCAGAUCGAGAACAACUGACCUGGCCGGCACCUCUGGCCUGCUCUCAGUGCAGACAGAAAACAGGUCACAUGCUGUUUUGAACACCGAGGCAUAAUUUUGAUUCAGUUUUUCCUAAAGAUGUAUUUUGCAUUUUUAUGGCUUUUACAGUUCUGGAGAAAGCGUCUCUAUUUUGAAAUGAAUUUUCAGAAGGGCAUUCUAUUAAACGUGAGUCUGUCUGCAGACUCCAGGGGGGUUUAUGCUCCUUUUGUGAAGAGCCUACUGUGAAGAGCACGUACUGUGGCUUAGUGCCCAGAGGCUGCGUCCCCUCCCUCCAGGGGGUGUCACGGGUGCUCGGGGCCUGUGUGUGGGCGUUUUGUGCCCUUGGACUUUGUCAUCCGUGUGCUGGUGAACCACCAGCUUGCGACCACAUGGUUUUCCAGCCCCCGGCAGUGCCGCUGUUUGGGUCAGGGCCAAGUGCGUGCUUCCUAUGGCCACGGAGGGCCUUUGCAUCUCAGGUGGGGCGUGAAGGCCACUGGUGGCAUUACCUGGUUGUCAGUUCAAUAAAAGACAUUUGCUUUGCA